GAAGGUACAAAGACUCUACAACGUAAACAAAGAAUGUGGUGUUGUAGCGUUAGUUGUAUACAUUCGACUGUAAAGUUGGUUCUAUUGUUAUGUUUCUUAACUUUCUGCAUCCAGUUCUGGUUGAGCAAAAAAGAACAUUUAACAAGCGGCGACGAAGUUGCUGUUUUAGUUAAAAAAUAUGCAGGUUUGAAACCAAAGGUAGCUUUUGAGAAGAUCGGUACAGUGCUUCGUAGAAUGUAUCCUGGACACAUUCUACCAGAGGAGGACAUGCAGUGGAUUUUUAUGAAUGCUGGGGGUUGGAUGGGCAGCAUGUGCCUGCUGCAUGCUUCUUUGACUGAGUAUAUCUUGUUUUUUGGUACAGCAAUGGAAACAUCAGGUCACUCAGGUCGAUACUGGGCAAACAUCUCUGACACUCUGAUAUCGGGGUCAAUGAAACAGUGGAGGGAGGGGGAGUUGGAGGCUCACAUCUACAACGCUGGUGACACUGUGCCCCACCCAAUGGGAAAUGUAACAGGAGUUUUCUUCAAUGCUGACACCUGGAUGGUAGAGUAUGGCAGGGGAUUUAUACCAUCAACACUCACAUUUGCCCUUGCAGACACUUUCUUCAGCACCACAGAUUUUGUGACAUUGUUUUACAUUUUAAGAGUGUAUGCCAAAGCAUUAUUUUUAGAAAUGAAUGCCUCUAUGGAUGAAUGGAGAGAAUAUGUUAAAGAUAAUUUGUAAUAGGAGUGUGGACUUUAUCUGCCUUUACUGGGACCAAAUUUUAAACAUUCUGUACCUUUUUUGACCUGUUCGCUUGUUUAACAAAAAAAAAAAAAAUCAAAAAAAAAUCUGCCUUUGAAGUAACAAACUCAGGUAUACAGGUGAGACAAAAUACAUAUAAAUAGUCAUCCAUUUGACAAAAAAGUGGGUUAACCCUUAAAGAUGAAUGGAACAGACACUUUUAUUAAGAUUUUAAUAUUACUGUCCAUCACAGUAAUUAAUAUUUAUACUUUGUUGUUUGUGCAUUCAGCUUUUAUUGCUUAUUAUUUGACAUUCCAGGAUGUGCUUUUUGUUCAAUCAUUUUAUUGACUCAGAGACAGUUUUUAAGAUCAGGGUAAUACUGACACAUUCACUGGGGUUUUUGCUGCAUUCUUGGGAUUUUGGAAGUACAUUGUACAUCAUAGACUGAUAGAGUAAAUCUAAUUAUACCCGCGUUCCGGAGGAGAGGGGUGUAUACUGUUUUACCCUUGUGUGUCUGUCUUUCUGUCUAGCUGUCUGUGUGUCAGUGUAUCUGUGUGUGCAUGUGUCUGUCCGUAACAAAUUUUCGUCACAGUUUUCUCAGCAAUUAUGCAUCACAGAUGAUUGAAAUUUUAGCACACCCUUUGUUCUGGCAUGCCAUAUGGUGGGAUUCAUUUUUUUGCGAAUCCAAGGUCAGCUUCCUGUUUAUCCGUGCGUCUGUCCAUACCAUACAUAACAAAUUUUGGUCGCAGUUUUCUCAGCAAUUAUUCAUUGCAGAUGCUUGAAAUUCUAGCACGCUCUUUGUUUAGGCAUGCCAUAUGGUAGGAUUCAUUUUGUACGAAUCUGAUGUCAACUUCCUGUUUAUCCGUGCAUCUGUCUGUACCAUACAUAACAAAUUUUGGUCACAGUUUUCUCAGCAUCUUCUUAUCGCAGAUGCUUGAGAGUUAAGCAAACUCUUUGUUUAUGCAUGUCAUAUGGAGGAAUUUAUUUUUGUACGAAUCUGAUGUCAACUACCAUAAAUGAACUUGUGUAUUUACAUCAGAGCGGGGGUAUUAUUAGUGAGAAUUGGCUCACAGACUUCUUGUUCAUUACAUGUUCAGGUUUGAUGAUAAUUAUUUCAAUACCUGUUCAGCUGCAGAUAUGUUUGAUGUAACUGUCAAAUACUCAUUUAAUAGUUUGUUUUCAGUGAUAAUUAUUAAUCAUUGUAGAUUUAUUUCGCAGAGAGAGAGAGAGAGAGAGACGUGUAUCACAGCAAAAGAGAUUGCAAGGUUUUGUUUGAUAUAUAUAUAUAUAUAUAUAUAUAUAUAUAUAUAUAUAUAUAUAUAUAUAUAUAUAUAUAUAUAAAGAUUUUUUCCAGAUAAAAGACACUGUAAGUGUGCUAAAUAUGCGAAGUUUUGGUGUUUACAUGAAUUUGUCAUUCCCCGAAUGAAUAGUCUGAUGCAUGGUGUGUUGAAAGUGAAUUAAUGUGUGGAAGGACCUUUUUAAGCAUGUUUUUGUACUCUGUUUCUUUCUUUGCAAUAUUUCCAAGUAAAAAAGAAUUACAUGAA